AGGCGUAAUUUCCGCCUGAAACACCAAGAUUUCCGCCUGGGGCGCCAAAACAGAGAGCCCCCUUAUUUCUGCUUCAAAUUUCCGCCCGAAACACAGGUUUUUCCGCCCGGGGCGGAAAACAGCAGACUAGUGUUGUUUUUCCUUCACGUUUUCAAGGCAAUUUGCAACAAUCAACAACUGAAAAUGUCAUAAAUAACCCUAUGUUCCUUCAGCAAACACCAUCUGAGACAAAACAUGAAUCUAUUGCUGCUUGUGAUUCAUGCAUUGUUUCAACAACAUCCUCAGAGUCUUCUGAGGAUGAGGGAGAGGGUGAAGAAGGUUGUAGAGUAGAGCAGAAUGAACAACAGGCAAGUGAGUAUUUCUACAUGCAUAUGCCUAUGAAUAUGAAUAUGAAUAUGAACAUGCCUAUGCAUAUGUCUAUGCCACCACCUGCAAUGCCAUCUCCACAGAGAGAUUUUGGUUGGGAUUUCUUUUACCCUUUUGAUAGUGUGAGGCAAGAGGUUAUGAGUGGCUACCAUAGGAACUCAGAUGAUGAUUUGAGGGCAGUGAGGGAGGAAGAAGGGAUUCCUGAGUUAGAGGAUGAAAUGGAAAGGGGAGAGAUUGAGCAUAAGGUUGCUGUGAGUGUUGAGGAGAAGAGUAAUAAUGAAGGUGGAGGACAAGUUGUGAAUAAUGGUGUUGAAGCCGCGGCGAAGGAGGUGGAUGUGGCUAAUGAAAAUGUUGGAGAGCAAAAGGGGCUUGCUGUUCUUGAUACACCUGCAGAAGGGAGAGAGUUGCUUGAAGCUUUGAAAGAUAUUGAGGAUCAUUUCAUUAGGGCUUAUGAGUCUGGUAAGAAUGUGACAAAGAUGCUUGAGGCUAAUAGAAUUCCUCUUCAUUCUAGUUUGGAGGAAAUCAAAGAAAGCUCGACCAAACUCAUCAAUGCAAUAACAUGGAAGUCCAUGUCAUCCAGGCAAUCAUCAUGCAAGAGUUUGGUGGUUCAAAAUAUGAAAGAUUCUUCAAACUGGGUGGAAUAUAAGAAUGACCUGUUUGAUGAUUAUGGAGGGAUGGAUUCAGGAAGUCAUUUAUUAACAUUAGGAAGGUUAUAUGCAUGGGAAAAGAAACUGUUUGAGGAGGUUAAGGCUGGAGAUAGCACACGGAAAAAUUAUGAUAAGAAAUGUGCGCAAUUGAGAAAUAAGAAUGUUAAAGGAGAUGAUGAAUCAAGCAUGGAUAAGACUAGAGCUGAUAUGAAGGAUCUAUAUGCUGGGAUCUUGGUUGCAAUUCGGCGUGCGGAAUCAAUCUCAAAGAGAAUUCAGAAAAUGAGAGAUGAAGAAUUACAACCUCAAAUUGUUGAACUACUGAAAGGCCUUACACAAUCAUGGAAAAUCAUGUUGGAGUCACAUGAAACACAAAAGAAGAUUCUUUCUGAAGUCAAAUACUUCACAUGUCCUGCAGACGGUAAAUUUUGCAAUCAAUCUCGUGGAUUGGCAACUCUUCAGCUUGGUUAA